CUCUUAUUAACACAGAGCACAUUGGCACAAAACGAAAGUUGCUAUCGCUACACAGCUCAGUGAAGAGAAGGAGACACAGACAGAAUGAUUUAGCUAUUUCACAAGAUUACUGGUAUUUUUCUUUACGUUUUAAUCAGUAGAGAGGAAAUAAUCGCACCGAUGGCAGACCCUGCGGUGGCAGGCGGCGGACCUUUAAGCGCCGGAAUGCGGUCAGUUGGUAAUAAACCAACUUCAAAUCCUGCUGAGAAUUAUUACCUGGCCCGGCGGCGCACCCUGCAGGUGGUGGUCAGCUCUCUGCUGACUGAAUGUGGCUUCGACAGUGCAGAGAAAGCAGCUGUGGAAACUCUAACCGAAAUGAUGCAGAGUUAUAUAACUGAGGUUGGACGUUGUGCAAAAGCAAGCUGUGAGCAUACAGCUAGAAGCAGCCCUACCCUCUCAGACGUGGUUAUCACUUUGGUGGAAAUAGGUUUUAAUGUAGACUCGCUCCCCUUGUAUGCCAAAAGAUCACAGAGGAUGGUCAUAACAGCACCACCAGUGACAAAUUCUCCAGUGAUUCCCAAGGCUCUUGUUGCGGGACAGAAGCGUACUCACCCUCCUUACAUCCCGAGCCAUUUCCCAGAAUUUCCAGAUCCACAUACAUACAUCAAGACCCCGACAUUUCGUGAGCCUGUAUCAGACUACCAGGUGCUAAGGGAGAAGGCAGCAUCCCAGAGACGAGAUGUCGAAAGGGCGCUUACACGUUUCAUGGCAAAGACUGGAGACACACAAAGUCUCUUUAAAGAUGAUAUCACUACUUUUCCAUUGAUCGCAGCAAAGCUGAGCUCUAUCCCGUACCUUAACGCUCUUCUGCCCUCUGAACUGGAGCUGCAGUCGCUGGAAGAGACAGACUCGUCUGAGCAGGAUGACCAGACAGACACAGAAAACAAUGCAAACAACAUUAGUGGCACAGGAGCAGAUAAGGAGAAUGCUGUUGUGCCACCUGGUGGCGGUGUACCUUCUGUGAAGAAUAACGAGGAAAACAUGAUUGAUAACCCGUACCUUCGACCAGUCAAGAAACCAAAAGUGAGGAGGAAAAAAUGAACAGCAAAACAUGGACUCCAGUAUACAAAGAAAUUGUGUCAAAAAUGAAAAUACUGCUUAGGGUUCACAGUGUGCCUCUGAACAGAAGGGAAUGCAUUUAAAAGUGCAGCACAGGAGACUUUGUUUAUUCACAACUGAUGGCUUUGUAUAAUACCGAGGCUGAUCGACUGAACUGCAGUGUUUUUGCUAAAGGUGGGUAUUUGUCGUUCAUAUUAUAUAUAGAACUUUAGGUUGGGUUUAUGCUUGGAUUUUCAGUGUUCCUAAAACAAAACCUUUGUAAGAUGUUUCUUUGUUUAAAUGAAUGAAGGCAGAAAAUAAAUCCCUUCCCAAACAUCUGUAAAA